AUGACCCUGCGGCUCCUGCUCCAUGUCGCCUUGCUCAGACCUGGCACCACUCCGCCCUCGAUCGUGAGCUUUGGGAUUUGGGCCCCAAGGUACCUGGGUGACCUCGGCCUUCAUCCCUCAGCCUGGCUGUCCUUCUUUGACCUCAACCUGCUCCUGGAGGUUCAGGAAACCAUCCAGCUUCCGAACAACGGGAGCAAGUCCCUGCUGGUGGACGUGCCGGUGUUAGACAUCCUUCAGUACACAGUGUCCUCCAAGCUGCUGCUCCGGCUGGUGAGAGCCCGGAGUGGGGGGUGGGCGGGCGCCCUUGGCUGUGACACUUCUCCCCGCAGGCUCCGGGUGGACUGGCAGGACCGGGGCCCAGGGACCCGCGUGGACCAAGGUGGCCAUGUCAAGCUCCCCCUGGCCCUCACCACAGAGACCAGCUGCGACUCUGAGCUCCUCUCUGCCUCCCCAGGGACCAGAGGGGCCGCACCCUCGGCUUCUAUGCGCCCAGCCACCCCUGGCUCUCCCUGCUCUGGUGCGGCCCCACUUCUGUCCUGCCUCCUCCCCCUCAGCCACUGCGAAGCAAUUGCCCCCAACAGCCAGGGCCCCACCGCAGGGGCUAGGCCGCUGGUGUUAGCAACCAGGUCGCUGCAGCCUCAUCCCUGGAAACAUCCUAAAGGUGUGGCCACGCAACGAGACACAGCCGUCCACCGUCCGCGGGCACUGGCUGGUCCCUGCCCUCCUCCCGAGAGAUCUGGGGGCCGUCCUCUCCCCGCCCCUCGCAGUGACGGAGCUGGCACUCCAGGCCCACGUGGUGGACGGACCGUGGGUGUCAAGAGGGAGCACAGGGUUCGGGAUUUGAAAGCCCAAGUCCCGCCGCAGCAGCUGGUGCCCUGCUACUGGGUGACGGUGAGGCCGGAGGUGGCCACCAGAGGGCUGCAGGGGCAUCGCAGAUGCAGGGCCAGAGGCAAGACAUCACCUUCCUGCCCCCACCCCCUGUGCAGCCCCCCAAAGCCCCCACUUUCUUCCUUCCCACUGCGCCUGCAGAACAGACUGAAGGCCAUCAUGUUGCUGUCGGUACCCAGGGAGGCGCUGCUGUGGGCGCACGAGUGCAGGGGGCGGGGGCCGUGGCUGCCCCUCCAGGCCACGGAGCGCACCGCCCAUGAGGUGACCCUGCUGCAGGGCCUGGUCUUCCACUCCUCCCUGGUGCAGGCCCAGCCCCGCUCCUCCUCCUGCAACCUGCUGCUCAAUGAGCCCUGCACCCUCGCCUGGCCCUGCCUCCUUCUCCUCUUGGCACUAGAGACCGUCCCGUUGGCAGGGCUGCUGGCCCGGGACCACCUCAGGGCCGAGAAGAGCCCCAGCCCAGCCCCAAGAGGGGAGUGGCAGGACCGGGAGAAGGGGAGAACUCAGGGCCUAAUCCUGAAGGCGGGCAGGGGCUGGGCCCUUCCUGGGGGCGGGAGGAAUGGGGCCAGGAGCAGGUGGAUGGGGCACAGCCGGCAUGCCGCAAGCCAGAGGCUGGGGUCGGGGGUUGCUGGGCUACUGGGAGGGCCCUCGCCCUCACUCUGCCGGCCCCGCUGGCCGGGCUGCACCGUGUCCCCCCUGGCAGAAGCAGGUAUGCAGCAGGGAGCAGGGCCGGCUUCCCCGGAGGCCUGGCCAACGACUCCGAACUCCCCGGCGUAACCCUGUGCCCGGGAGCCUCUCUAGGAGGGUCCUUCUCCAGCUGAAUGAAGAUGGCCCAGAACGGGCCGCAUCCACACCCGGCUGUUGUGAAUCACAGAAGGGGAAACACGGCCAAGGGUCCCUGGGGGAGGGGCCGGGCUGAGCCCUGAAACUCGGCUCCUC